AUGGGGACAUUACUAGACUUACCAGACGAGGUGCUCUUCUUCAUCUACCGCAGCCUCGGGACCCAGACGCUCAAGUCGUUGCUUCUAUUCCAACAGCUCCAACGGUCGGUUUACUGCUACUUGUACGAGAAUUCCAAGUACGUGCUCCAGUAUGACCGAUUCGGACAUCAGAGGGGGUUGAACCUCUUACAAGCUCGCAAGUACCAACGGCACCUCCGACGUUUCAGACACCUACAAGUCAACAUAUGUUUGCGGGAGGGCGAGGAUGUCAAGAAGGUGGUAGGGGAGUACGGAGAAUUGUGGAGGGCUCACCCACCAGGACGGAUCCGUCGCCACAUCGACUUGUUGAUCCAUGUCCACUACACCCACUCGACGUUCAACAGCAUCAAGGACGCCAUGCUGAACAUCCGCGAGGUAUCGGAGUGCUUUGGCCGCAAUGAGGUCCGGGUGGACUUAGUUUUGACCAAGGACGAGUAG